AUGAGCCCCCUUGUCUACCCUACUAGCCCUCCACCCGUCAUCUUAUUGGCUGCGGCCAAGCCCUUCGCAAAGGAGGCGGUGACUGCAGUAAGUCAGGCCUGCGAUGAGUUGGGCUUCAAACUGAAGCAAUUACAAGGAUACAAAUCAACUGAUGAACUUUACGCAGCCCUGCCCGGCUGCAUUGGAUGUAUUGUUCGAUCGGAUAAGGUGAAUACUGACUUCUUUGACCAUGCACCG